AAUGGAGAAGCUCCAGCCAUUCCACAGUGGGUUGCGGAACGUCUACCAGAGUACGAUAUCAGUAGCGAUACUGAGGAAGAGCCAGUGACAACGGGAACUGAGACAUCCAGCAUUUUCACACACGAUCCCCAGCCAUGUCGCAUUUUCAAAGGAUCCAUGUUUGACCAUUCUUUCCUUGAUCCUGACAAGGUUCGCGAUCUGUUCAGGAACACGCUGAAGGAGCAUUGUGUGGUUGAAGACGAGGCUAUUUUGAUUUUGACCGAAGCAGCUCAGAAUCGUGCGCGAGACCUUAUCGUGGACUGUGCGGAGUUCGCAAAGCAUCGUGCAGCUUGUGCAAUGUACUUGGCAAUCAUUAGUAUAGUUAAGCUUGAGUUCAUACUUGAUCACGGCGAGAAAACUGUGCUGAAACUAGGACCAACUGAAGAGGAAAGUGCAAGUGUCAAGAAACCAGCGAAGAAAAGAAAGAGAGGAAUUGAAAGCUGUUAUAAGUCGAAGAAGUUGGUCGCGCAGCGUAGACUACAAGCCAAGAAAAAGUUGGAAGAAGCUUCAAAAUCUGCAGGAAUGGAUUCUACUGGAUCGUCUGAUGUUGGCACCUCGAAGAUGACCUCCAAGAAAAAGCGCGUUCCCGUCGUGAAAGUGACUGCUCAAGAUAUGCAAGCGGUUCUUGCUCUCUCGGGCAAUAGAUAA